CCCGCCGUUUCUUCAAACAACUACUUUCAUUCAAGCUACCCAAAACGCCCUCACCCGGGAAAUUGUCUCUUGGCGAGCGGGAAGAGGGAAUCGAGUCGCAAUGGAAGCGACUGGGCUGGCUUUCGCCAGCGCCAGUCUGGCGGAAACGGCGUUAAAACUUUACAGGUUCACCAAGAAGAUCCAAAAUGCGCCGAACGAAUGGGAGCGCUAUCGGGAAUUGUUGGAGAAUUUCCGCCAGCUGCUGGAGGCCGUAAAAGGUCUCACAGACAACAUGGACGGACUUGACAAGGUGGUUAUACAGCGAGACAAUCGUAAAUACGGGUUGAUUGACUUCUGUAUGGAAAACACUAUUCUCACACUUAACAACGCCACGAGUUUCCUGAAUAAAUUUGAAUCGCUCAACAAAGGAAGGGUUGCAAGAUUGAAAGAGCGUCUCUCGAGGAAGGGUAAUAUGCUCAAAUUUGUCAUCCAAGACGAGGACGUUGCUGCCUGCAUUCGAAACAUUGAGACUGCCAUGGCUGGCCUCGGCAUCGCCAUUCAUGCUAUCUCGCUGGCAAGAACAAAUGAUGGGUUCAAUGAGAAUAGGCUGGCGAUCGGCGAUUUGACAAAGCAGCUGUCCGACGCCCUUGAAAAGAUUGACAAACGUCACCAAGAAAGCAUCACAAGGGAAAAGCAAACUCCUGUUCGAUAUGCUGUCGAAACACGACGUCGGAAGCUGCAGAGGUUCCUUCCUAGUAGCGACCGACAGCGUCAGACAAUCCAGGCUCCGGAGAUCAGCUCUGUUGUGGGUGCUGUGAUACCUCACCCGGAGCUACGAGCGGUCGAGACUCCGAUCAUGCAGCCGGGUCUUGCCUCGGUUCCGUCCCAUCAUUCCGAGGACCAAGGGGGAACUACACGACAAACUCUCGAAGAAAAUCCCGAGGCCCUGGCAGCAGCGGCGAACACCUCAGGCGCGGCAAACGGCAUGCACGGCGAUGAAGCUGUCGAUGACGCGGUAGUAUGCGUCAGAAUCCCUCAAGAAGCAAGCAUCACCCAUGUCCCUGCCGACAAGACAGAGUCUACUUCUGACGCUCAACGACUCGUCGACUUUUUGAGAAACGAUGAGGCUGGAGAUGAAGCGCUCGAUGAUGACUUGGACGCUGAAACAACAUUGAUAAAAGUGCAGUCUUGCUUCGUGUUCAGGUUCAAGCUCAGCGCUGGGGACAGUGAGAACGAUGAACCUCUCGAUACAGCAAAACUUCGAUAUCUGUGCGUCAAGACCUUGAUCCCAGGUUCCCAGAACAGCAACAGCGACGGCCAAGCCUCUCAAAUCACAGCGCAGAAGCCCUGCAAUCGGUUCCCGCUAUGCGAACACAUAAAGAUCGAUCAGCUCGAUGAAGGAAAGCCCGCAACUGAGCUUUUGCAGUCGGAUAUGGGGCACGUAAUAUUCAUUUCCGACGCCGAGGGCCUUGACCCGGCUCGCUGUGUUCCCCUGUUUUCUCAAAUCGAUGGCUCUGCAUACAUCCAAGGGUGCGGUGGGGCUUUUUAGUCCGUGCGCUGAAAACACACAUAUGUGAAUUUUGGCUUGAUGCCAGCCCACCGCGAUGGAUAACGGCGAUGCCAGCCCGGCCGGGCCCAUCGCGAUGGGUAACGGUGAUGCCAGCCCAUCGCGAU